UGGGAGAUUGAGUCCUUUUGAGCGUCUGUUCCUGCAGGCAAUCCGUUUUUAAAACUACAUCUCCCAAGAUACACUGCGGCGGGCAAACGUAGACAUCUUUGCCGAAGUCCGGUAAACAUUGUGUCGCCGUGAGGUUGGCGGCUGUGACUGUUCGGGCAAAGAGGCGGGAGCGAGGCGGGGGGAGAGAGGGAGAAAGCGAGCGAGCGCGCGCGCGCCAAGGCCGAGCGUCGAGAGAGAAAGGCAAGGCGGACGGUGCCAUUAAUCGAAAGGGGGGAACUUUGGUGCGGCCUGAAGGGGUUAGGCUGUACCUUCCUCGGAGAGAAGGGGGAGGACUACGGAGCGCGUGCGCGCUAGUCACUCAGCGCGCGCUCGGUGGCCCUGAGGAGACGGCGGUGAUGUGGCGGCGCUGAGGCAGCCUGAGAGCGGCAGGGGCGCCAUGGCGGAGGCGUCUGGGAGCCCCUCGGCGGCGGGUGCAGAAGCCGUCUUGGACCCCGACUUCCCUCCACAGAGCCGGCCGCGUUCUUGCACAUGGCCGCUACCCCGGCCGGAGCUGGCAGGACCGCCGGCGGAGCCCGACCCAGAACCCGGGAGCGGGGUGGGACCCGGGAGCGGCCUGGGCAGCCCCGAAGAGCCCGGCAGCGGCGGAGUCGCCACGGCGGCGGCUUCAACGGCGGCAGGCCCCGGCAGUGGUGGCGCGCGGAAAAGCAGCGGCGGGGCGCGUCGCAAUGCCUGGGGUAGCCAGUCGUACGCGGACUUGAUCAGCCAGGCCAUCGAGAGCGCCCCGGACAAGCGGCUCACCCUGGCGCAGAUCUACGAGUGGAUGGUCCGUUCCGUGCCUUAUUUCCGCGACAAGGGAGACAGCAACAGCUCCGCCGGGUGGAAGAACUCCAUCCGGCAUAACCUGUCUCUCCAUAGCAAGUUCAUUAAAGUUCACAAUGAAGCUACAGGGAAGAGCUCAUGGUGGAUGCUCAAUCCAGAAGGUGGUAAAAGUGGGAAAGCUCCACGGAGGAGAGCUGCCUCCAUGGAUAACAGCAGCAAACUGGCAAAAGUGCGGGGGAAAGCCUCAAAGAAAAAAGCGGCUAUGCAGGUGACCCCAGAACCUCCUGCUGACAGCCCAGGCUCUCAGUUCCCCAAGUGGCCAGGCAGCCCCUCGGCAAGAAGCAAUGAGGACUCUGAUGUAUGGACCAGUAUCCGGCCUCGAACCAGUUCCAAUGCCAGCACCAUCAGUUUAGGACUUUCUCCAAUCCUGACUGAGCAGGAUGACCUUCCCGACGAGGAGCUUCUCCCUUCCCUCGUCUACUCCAGUGCAUCUAGCAACGUUCCACCUACUGUGACAGAGGAGCUGGAACUCAUUGAUAGCCUAAAUUUGAUGUCACCAAGUUCAUCUUUGCUGUCAGCUCAGCAGCAUACUUCGAGCGGUCUGGGCCAGAGAACUUCCAGUUUUUCCUUGCAGACCCAGAGCACAGCUACUCCAGCACCAUCGUUCAGUAGCUCCCUGUUCAACCCUGUUGAUAUUUCGCUGCACAGUUCUGGGGGCCAUUUCUCUGGCCCACAGACGCUAGAAGCUCUCCUGACCUCCAAUUCACCACCUCCUAGUGAUGUGAUGAUGACGCAGGUAGAUCCUAUCCUCCCACAGAGUGGAAGCAGGUUGAACAGCCAGACUUUUCUACUGUUGGGGGACCAAUCCUCUAAAAGCAAGAUAAGCCCAAUUAACCUGCUCAGAAAGCCUUUGGAACAGCAGCUGGAUUCAGUUGGUACCACCACUUUGGCCUCCACACUUACUAUGGUGACAGCUCCGCAAAAUGCAGCUGGCCUGGUCACUUUGAAGGCGUCCAGCCCAGCGCAGUCUACUCAGGUGGUCCAUCUGGGUGCUCUGCCACCUGUGUCUGCUGCCACUCUUACUCCUUUUGGAAGUAAUCAGGAUAGGCUGCCUAAUGACUUGGAUGUUGAUAUGUACAUGGAGAACCUUGAAUGUGAUGUGGAUUACAUUAUCAAUACCGACCUCAUGGACGGAGAAGGGCUGGACUUCAAUUUUGAACCCAUUCCUUCUGCUCCUACCUAUCCCAGCACUUCGCAGGCCUCCAACCACACAUGGGUACCCAGUUAACUUCAAGAUUGACAAAGUGCCCUUCUGGUUUUGGAGCUUUGCACCCCCCCAGAAGAAUCUGGAAUGCAGGAAGCACCUGGAGUUGGUCUUACUGCUCUUCAAGCCAGCUGGGAAGAAGAGCUAACUGCAACAAGAAGAGGGAGAUCCUGUUAAGUGCCAUGUCUCUUUCUGAGUCUACUAUGAGCCCUCCAUGCCACAGCGAGCCUCCCUGCAAGGAGCCAGAGAAGCGUUCCAAACAUGGCCAAAGACUGUUUGCGCUCUGAAAGAGCAUUCUCCGAAUUGAUACGAUAGCACCAGCUGAGAUGGGUCAGUGAGGUCAGAAGGGAGUGGCUUUGUGCUGACGUCAGCCUUCCACCUGAUCUCUGCCUCAGCUAUCCUUUGACUCAGUACCCUAAGCCUUGAUGGGUAAAUGGGAUGGGAAGGCAAUAUGUACGUCAUAUGGCUACUUGUGAGGUCCUUACCUUUCUGCAUUUUUCUGGUGGGAGCAAUGGGUGGGGGAGAAAGUUGUGCUCUGUGCUAGCCAUCGGGCCCAUUUGGAAGCUGAAGUCUGGCUUUGUCGAAGGCAUUGCCUGAGCCGUUGGUAGCACUUCCCUAAAACAUUGACUGCCCGAAAGCAGACAAGCAGGUGCUAAAAGCUGUUGCUAAGAAACCAAAACUUCUCCUUGGGUUUCUUUCUGGCUGUCCUGCUGCAGCCAAGAAAUGGAAAACCCGGAUCUGGCCUUAAGCAGAGCCCUGAUGUUCAUGUAUUUCUUUCUUUUUAUAAAUCCAGAGGGGCAUUUUCUACAGAUGAACUAUUUUGGAGGCUUUUAAAAAAGUAAUCUGGACAGGGCUUUCUGCGGUAGUCCUCAAACCAAUAUAUAAGUGUCUCCAUAUUGGGUGCCUUUCCUUCCCUCAAGGACAGUCCCAGUAGGAGGUGUGCUUCUCUGAGCUGCAUUAAGAAUAAUUUUGCACCUUCUCGGACAUGUAGCUGGGGUAGUGGGGUAGGGAGAGGGGCACCAAGCAAGUAAUGUUCCUUGGAACUGGGGCAAGUGCAGGGCUGUACAUUAUAGGUAGCCUGUACAGUUAGUUGCAGAUUAACUAGAAGCUUUUGUAAACCUUGGGUGUAGGGGGCAGUCUAUAUUUUAACAGAGAAUCCUAUGAGAUUACUGGCUAAAAGCACAGACUGUUUUCUGGCUACAAGCACAGACUGUUAUACAUUUAUCAGACAAGACACUACAGUACAUGAGUCUGGGGGUCUGAAGAUGGGAUAAGGGGAAGCUUCUUGGGGGGAGGGGUAAGUGGGUGUGCCGGGGACAAGGCUUAGAGGCCUUUCCUGCCUGGCAGGAUCCUCCAGCCAUCUUAUGCUUUCAGCAACUAAUCAUGAAUUGCCAACAGGUUGCAUUUCAGGGAUUGGCAGGGUGGGGAGGAGGUAGCCAUUAAGCCUUAUAAUAGCUGGCUCACAGCUGUCACUUGUGAACCCUCUGGAGUCUUGACUGCUUUGUAGAAUUGGAGGGGCAGGUAGCCCGCUUGUCACUUUGUUGUACAUCCUAUCUCCACUUAGUAAUUCAAUGGCCUGGCAUUCACUGGAUCUGUAGCUUUAACUUGAGUUGGAUUUUGAUAAUUAGCCUGAUAGGCAGGAUCCAAAGGGAACAGCUUGGAUUCUGAGGUUGGAGAUCAUUUCAUUGCUCUGGGGAAAAACUCUUGGGAGCCAGGAAGGCCCUGGGGCAGAUCUGGUGGCUCCUUAUCGGCACUGGUGUAUUUACUGUGGCAGGAAUAGGGGGUACGGAUGGGCUCUCUUCUAUCAUUGGCCCUCUCACUUUAUCUAGGGUGUUGCUUCAAGAUUAUCCUUCCUUCCUUUGAUAUGCUUGGAAACCCAUUAUUAUUACUGGAGAAGGUGAAACCAUGAGGCUUCUGCUUUAUGAAUCAAGACUAAGUUCUGGUCAAAGAAUUAAGUGGCACAGGUCCCUCUUCUCACCCACAGUUAAUAAAAUCUUUCCAUGGAGGCUUCACAGUUUGCAUUCUUUUCCUGCAGUUAGGGAAUUUCUGGCUAUGUGUAAUUCCCUUUCAGUAUAGACUGUAGCAUUGGGAAGCCUGUUUUGCUGGAAAGAAGAGACAGACCAGACAUCACCUCCUUGCCAUGGCAGCACAGGUUUCUAGUACCAGCCUUUUGACUGUAUCUUGGUCUUGCUAUGUCAUGUGUGCACUUUGUGACCAGUGGUUGUUGUGUUUCAGUGGGAGACUCCCAAUGGUCUGACUCAGAAAAGCCUUUUCACACUUUGCCAGCAGAAACACUCCCUGUGGAUUUGUCCCUUGCCAGAUAGUGGAGCUGAGUCAGCAGUAGGACUAACAUGAAAGUGAGGGAACUGGCAGAGGGUUAGAAGCCCUCAUGGGCAUGAGUUUGGUACAUCAGUUUUGCUUCCUCAAGGCAAAUACCUGAAUACCUAUUUUUACCCCAAAGGAAGAUGACCUAACUGUAAAAUUACUUUUCCUUCUCUCUAAAAAGAAAAUAUUAUGCACAAACUUUUAAAAAUUGCUUUACCUACUUGUAACUUAUGCAUGAAUUUAAUACAUUUUUUUCUUGCCAACACAACUGGGACAAAUUAUGUCUUCCUUUCAGGUAAAUACAAUAACUGCAUUUUAAAACAUCUGAUCCAGAGUCAGGGCUGCUUAGCGAAGUUCCCUAUCCUUCAAAAUGUGAGCCAAAGCUUGAAAUACUGCAGCCAAAAGACUGGCAGUUGAAUGCUUUCAUUUGUUCUAGGAAGAGUGUUAUGUUUGCAGGGCAAAAUUGAAUUAGAGUUGAUUAAUGGUAUAACUGUCCCCACCUGUUUUCAUAUUCACAACUACUAAUGUAGACUUGAAAUCUAUACCUCGCUCACAACCAUACACCAAAAGAGUGAACGAUAUCAACCCAUAUGCCGAUUUCAAUUGAAGGAACAUUAAAGCGUGUCAGUUUAGCUAGCUUGCGUUGUGAGAGUAAAUAGACGCCCUGACACUCUUCUUCCCCUACUGCUAGUAGGGUAUACAUGAAAAGAGAGCUGGCAUGCAAGGUCUGAUCUUGGUGCAUGAUGAUAAUAUUUCUGCUGUUGAUUAAUAAUAAGAUGCAGAUGACAGGGGAUUAGAACAGGUCCUGAUGGCAUCUCUCACUAAGGAGUUCUUGCUAAGGUUGCCUGCAGUGUCAUCUAUGGCAUGCAGUAGGAUUCAGGCGCAUCUGGAAGUUACCUGUUAGAUUUCUAUGCAUGUCUCAGGAUGGGUUUUUUCCCCUAGAAGCAGGUGACCUGGAACUAUGCACCUCCUAGGAGUGUGUCGUGGAGGUGGUAGAGCUCAUGCAGUGUGUAUACUUUUCCAGGCUGGUCCUGUCUCUCCCACUGGGACUGGUAGAUUGUAGGAAGAAAGUUGAUCUGGAUAGAUCCUACCUUGUUUCUUCAGAGGAAUUAUUUUUUGCCCUUUCUAACUUCAGUUCUGUCCCACGUAGCCAUAGAAUCUCUGUCCUCUUCCAGGGUUUUCCAAUAUCCCCCUUUGCAAGGGAGGCUGUAUGGAAUGUGCUAGAGGGCAAAAUGUGACAAAUAAAUCUCUGUAAUCCUC